CUUUGUUGCUGCUGCCGGAUUUUCGGGGUGGAAGGAAAAAUCCAGGAGGGACCCUCCCCCCAUCAGGACUGAGAGAGGCCCUGUCUCCCCCAGGCUCUGCCGGGGACGCCCAUCGACCACCAGCCCAAGGGGUGCGGGGGCUGCUGAUGCCCAGAGCCCGCCAUGGCCUGCCUCCAUGAUACCCGGACCCCCUCCCCGUCCUUCGCCAGCUUCAACACCAUCCUGACGGAGAGCUCCCUCCGUAAGCUGGACCCCGACGCCUCGGACUGCACCCCCGAGAAGGACCUGACGCCCACGCAGUGCGUGCUGCGGGACGUGGUGCCCAUCGACGGGGGCGGCCACAGCCCCACGCCCAGCGAGGAGACGCGCCACCAGUUUGCCAACAGCGUCCUGCAGCUGCACGAGAAUGAGGCCGGCGGUGGGGGCGGGGGAGCCGGGGCAGGGGCCGGGAACCCCGAGGUGCGGCACGCGCGUUACCACGCUGACCAGGUCCGGAUCCACUGCCAGACGGGCAGCGGCUUCCUGGAAGGGCUCUUUGGCUGCCUCAGGCCCGUCUGGACCAUGAUCGGCAAAGCCUACUCCACCGAGCACAAGCACCCGCAGGAAGACACGUGGGAGGUGCCGUUCGAGGAGAUCCUGGACCUGCAGUGGGUGGGCAGCGGGGCGCAGGGCGCUGUCUUCCUGGGGCGCUUUCACGGUGAGGAGGUGGCGGUGAAGAAGGUGCGAGACCUCAAGGAGACGGACAUCAAACACCUGCGCAAGCUCAAACACCCCAACAUCAUCACCUUCAAGGGCGUCUGCACCCAGGCUCCUUGCUACUGCAUCAUCAUGGAGUUCUGUGCCCAGGGGCAGCUGUAUGAGGUGCUGCGAGCCGGGCGCAAGGUCACCCCCUCCCUGCUGGUCGACUGGUCCAUGGGCAUCGCGGGCGGCAUGAACUACCUGCACCUGCACAAAAUCAUCCACCGUGACCUCAAGUCACCCAACAUGCUGAUCACCUACGAUGACGUGGUGAAGAUCUCGGACUUCGGCACCUCCAAGGAGCUGAGUGAUAAGAGCACCAAGAUGUCCUUCGCUGGCACUGUGGCCUGGAUGGCCCCCGAGGUCAUUCGCAACGAGCCCGUCUCUGAGAAGGUCGACAUCUGGUCCUUCGGGGUGGUGCUGUGGGAGCUGCUGACAGGCGAAAUCCCCUACAAGGACGUGGAUUCCUCGGCUAUCAUCUGGGGCGUGGGCAGCAACAGCCUGCACCUGCCUGUGCCCUCCGGCUGCCCCGACGGCUUCAAGAUCCUACUGCGCCAGUGCUGGAACAGCAAACCCCGCAACCGGCCGUCCUUCCGCCAGAUCCUGCUGCACCUGGACAUCGCCUCGGCGGACGUGCUCUCCACGCCCCAGGAGACCUACUUCAAAUCCCAGGCCGAGUGGCGCGAGGAGGUGAAGCUGCACUUUGAGAAGAUCAAGUCGGAGGGGACGUGUCUGCACCGGCUGGAGGAGGAGCUGAUCAACCGGCGCCGUGAUGAACUCCGGCAUGCGCUGGACAUCCGGGAGCACUACGAGCGCAAGCUGGAGCGGGCCAACAACCUCUACAUGGAGCUUAACUCCCUCAUGCUGCAGCUGGAGCUGAAGGAGAAGGAGCUGCUCAGGCGGGAGCAGGCGCUGGAGAAGAAGUACCCGGGGCUGUUCAAGCCGCAUGCAUCGCGCAGUCUCCUGCACGGCAACACGGUGGAGAAGCUCAUCAAGAAGAGGAACGUGCCCCAGAAGCUGUCGCCGCACAGCAAGCGGCCGGACAUCCUGAAGACAGAGGUGAUCCUGCCCAAACUGGACUCGGCCAUUGCCCAGGUGUCAAUACCCGCGUGCCAGAAGGGCCCCACCUCCCCGGGCCGGAGCCGCCGGGCCAAGCCGCGCUACCGCAAAGCCAGCGCCAAGGGCAGCUGUGGGGAGCUGGCAGGGCCCCGGGCCCCAGAGCCAGCGGAUGUGGGGCAGCAGCUGGAGACCCCUGCCGCCCUGCGUGGGCUGCAGCACGACCUGCUGCGCCGGAUGUCCUCGUCCAGCCCUGACCUCAUCAACACCACCCUGGAGGCCGAGGCCAAGAAAGAGGGGGCCCGUGCCGGGCCCGAGUCGCCCCCAGCCGAGCAGCCCCACAGCGAGACCCCCAGUGAGGACACAGCCUCUGUGCCCUUCUCCAGCAGCCCCGACUCACCCUCCUCCAAGCAGGGGGCCGUGGGGCCAGCAGACAAGAGCCACCGGCUGUUGGCCCUAGCCCAGAGGCUGCAGCCAGGCGAGGAGCCCGACAAGGAGGCAGGCAUGGCAGGCAAGGGGGGCAAGGCCUGUGGGGUGCCGCAGCAGAACCUGACACCCGCAGAGCUGCUGUACCGGGCGGCUGUGACCCGGAGCCAGAAGCGAGGGGUCUCGUCCGAGGAGGAGGAGGGAGAAGUGGACAGCGAGGUGGAGCUGCCACUGAGGCAGAGGUGGCCCCAGGGGCUGAGCAAGCGCCAGUCGCUCUCCACCUUCAGCUCAGAGAACUUCUCGGACGGGGACGGCGAGGAGGGGAACACGAGCGACGCGUCGCCCAGCGGCACGCCCGACGUGGCCAGCACCCAUACAGGCGAGCGCUCGGACGACAUGCUCUCGCAGAGCUCCGAGAUCCCGCUCGACGCCCUGGCCCACUCUGACGGCCUGUCCGAGAAGGAGGCCGCUGUCCGGCAAGUCGAGAGCCAGCUCAGCGCUGAGCAGAAUGCCACUGAGACCCCCUCCGUGUACGAGGACUCGGACUGUGACAGCACCGAACUGGACCACUCGGGCAGCGGAGACACGCACAGACUGCCGGCUGCCCCCAGCUCGUGAUGCCCUCCACCCCCCCCCGAGAGGCAGCGCUGGAGCCAGCCGGAGCGGCCCAUGCACUGAACCCACCUUGGUCCUGAUGGACAGACUGAGG